AUGUAUUGCGGUGCCAGAGCAUACCCUAUUGCGGGGUCGUAUUCGCCAGACCCCAGGUUUGGCUUCCUAUAUCUGAGUUAUGCGCUUCUCACUCUUGUCUCCUUCUCUAAUGCUCGCCCCGGCAUGGGCGACACCGUGGCAGCAAUGCGGCGCGAAGCUAACAAAGUCAAGCGCGCAGAGUCCAAGCAGCUCAUCGGCGACCUGCGGACGCUCAAAGACACGCAAUUGGCCUCCAUUGGCAAAGACAUCAAAGCCAUCCUCCUCAGCCAGCCCAACGCCGAAUCCAACAUCAUCGACACGUCUAUCCCCGCCGGGUCUCUUGGCAGCGCAGCUUGCAAAGCUGACCUCUGCUGCGACUGGAAGCGGAUCAGCUACGAGAUGACGGCAAAGUCCAACGGCACAUCCGGGCGCUGCACCAAACUCGCCCGUCAAGCAGUCCGCCUCGGCUUCCACGACGCAGGCGUCUGCUGCGCAGACAACAACGGCCUCGCCGCCAUCGCAGACCUGAUCUGGUACAAGAAUAUGCAGACCUGGUACAAGAAAUACCCCCCCCACGGCGUCGGCAUGGCAGACCUCAUCCAAAUGGGUGCCAACGUCGCCAACGUCAUAUGUCCCCUCGGGCCGCGCAUACGCUCCUUCGUCGGGCGCAAGGACAACAGCCGCGCCGGACCCACAGGCCUGCUACCAGGCUACACCGACUCAGCAGGCACUCUGCUCAAGCUAUUCGCAGCCAAGACAAUCGACGCCCACGACCUCGUCGCCCUGGUCGGCGCACACACCACAUCUCAACAGCACUCCGUCGACCAUACGCGCGAAGGCGACCCCCAGGACAGCACGCCGGGGAUCUGGGAUAUAGAAUCCUACUCCGAGACCACGGGCGCCGCGGCCCCGCGCGUCCUGCGCCCCGCAUCCGACAUCAACCUGUCCGAGGAUCCGCGGCCCGCGCCCGAGUGGGCCGACUUCAGCGACCCCAGCUCCGGACAGGAGCACUGGAACGACGACUACGCGCCUUGGGAGAGCACAAAGGUGCUGCCGCCACAUCGCGCGAGGUAUGUUGCGCCUGACCAGCCGAUUUUGGACUUGUGGCUGCAAGGGCAGUUUGAUCAGCUGAAUAAUUUGGUCGACGAUGCAGUUAUGCUUACGGACGUUGGUGCGGGAGGGAGUGGGACGGUCAUCAUCCCGUGA